AUGUUGUCCUUAUAUUCUUCAGGACAAAUUCAGUGUGAAGAAAUAACAAAGAAAAUUUCGGAAAUUUUAUAUCCUUUGGGAUUUGAUUUAGUGAAAGCAUUUCCCGCUCAGAGAUAUAACUCAAAUCUAUCACCUGCAAGUUCAUUAGCUCCAUUACCAACAUAUUUUCGGACAUCAACUUUAUCUAUCAUUGUAGGAAAUACUAAACACCUUUGGCCAAUUUUUCUAAAAUUUUAUGCAAAUUUUCAAUCAGUAACUAAGCGCAAAAAAUCAAACAAUCGUAUAAUUUCAUCGUCAUAUGACAAUCCACUUGAUUGUUAUACCAUCCAAAGCAUCACUUCAGCCGUCAAACAAGCGAUUUCUAUAAAUAAUUAUUCUACUAAGUAUUCUGAUGUGAAAUAUGACAUACGAUAUACCUUUGAUUUAGAUGAAAAGAAAUUUGUAGCCUUUCAGCGAUUGGCUCAAGAUGCUGGAUUGGCUUAUUAUAAUAAAACCUGUUUUUUGUGCGUUCAUGAAGAAUUUGGCCCUUGGUUUGGAUUAAGAGCCGUUAUAACAUUUGAUAUAGAAGGUCCACCAAACGAUUCAUUCUUAUUUCCACCACUUAAAAAUCCAUAUCCCGAAGGUGAUGCAUUGCUUAAAUCAAAGUUAGCAAAAAUUCUUGGAACUGAAAAUCAUAACUAUCACCAACUCACAACACCGACAUAUUCGUCUAAGUCAGAAUUUACUAAAAUCAAAUCGGGUCUGGAUGAUGAUGAUGAUGGUAAAAGAAAAAAAUUUAUGAAUUCGUUUGACAAUGCAAAAUGGUAUGAAUGGGUAGAAUUAAGAGACUUUGCAUCUGGAUUUAUGACUAAAUAUAAUCUAGAAAAAUAUAG